UAUAAAUUGUUAAUUUUCAUUGUAACCCCUCGCACUUGUCUCUUGUUUAAGAGUAAACAUUUGGUGCCACUGAUAAACUAUUUUAGUAUAUCAAUUAGUAAUGUAUUAUAUUAUACACGAUACACCUAUUAUAUUGGCUAUAUAAUAUAAUAUUAUCUAUAUACCUAAUCGCACUAUAGUCACUGUGGAGUAUGAACUAUGGUAAUCAAAUUAUUUUUUAUGGGGUGAUGUGGAUGAUUUUUUAAUGAACACUAAAAAUUAAAUGUUUUUUUUUUAUUGAUAUUUUUUAAGCCAGGCAACUAUAGCUAUUAGCUGAAAAUUUAAUUUAUGGUUAUAAGAUCAUACCUACAUAUUUUUUUUUUAAAAGGUCAUAAUCUCCCCUUCCCCGUUCGACCAACAUUGGAUCACACUCAAGACUCAACACUAACACCUGCUAUACAAUCAUAACAAUUUUUAUGUAAUGUACUCAUUUUGAACACAAAUAUUACAAUACAUAAUAUUGUACGGUUUCUCUGCUGCGUUUUGACUGCUCGUCUAACAUCAACUAUACAUACUAAUCCGGAUUCCGGACAAAAUAUAGGCGUUUAUAAUGUAUACGGGGCGUCAUGACACUGCGUGAUGUUCUCUGUUUCACGCUGCAGGGUCUCAGAGAAACUGUACAUGUAUUCUUUGGUCUUUACUGGCUUACUGCUGUAACAACUGCAUAAUUGCAUGCAUUAGAAUUGUAAAGACACGUUAUUACUCUUAUGUCUUAUUAUUAUUCAUAAUAGUUCUAUUUUAAUCGUAUAUAGAUUUCUUUGUACUGUGAUUUGCUCGACUUAUUAGUCAACUGUAUUUAAUAAUAAUUAGUAAGUAAAUUUUAAGUUAAUAAACGUAAUUUAUUACUGCCUAUCUGGUAAAAAAUGUCAGUUAAAAGUUUAAAUGUAUUUCUCAGAUUUGUACUACAGUAGGUACUUGAUAGAAUGAGUGACUCUACGAAAAAACGGCGUUUGCUCGAUGAAUUAUAUGAAAUUAGUACAAUAGUUGAGACAAAUUCAUUACAGGAAUUAGAGUUAUCUGAUGAAAUAAUAAUUAAUACACCAACACCAUCAUGCAGCAUUAGUUCAACCGAUUUGAUGAAUAAUUCUAUUUCUACUACUACUAUCCAAUGCCCUGAGUCUGUAGUUGUUGAUUUGAAUGAGCAAGAGAAACAGUAUCAUCAAAACGAACAACUUUUAUCAUCCGAUUUUAAUGAUGAUUAUAACUGCAUAUUAUCCAGCAGUGAAAAUUCUGAUCAAAGCGCAAUCGAUAAUGAAGACUUGCAGGAACCAACAAUUAAUGAUCAACUUUCAAGUUGGAGUGUUGAACAUAAUAUAAGUAAUGUAGCAGUUAGUAGUUUAUUAGGUAUAUUAAAAAAGCAUCAAUGUUUUAAAACUGUUCUCCCUAAAGAUGCUAGGACUUUACUACAGACAUCAGUGUCAUCUAAAAAAAUUAUUUUAAAAACAAUUGACCCGGGAUACUAUUAUCAUUUUGGUAUUUUAUCUGGAAUAAAACAAUUUUAUCCUUCUGCAGAAAGAUGUAAUACUAAUACCAUAAAACUAGUAGUAGGAAUUGAUGGUCUACCACUCACUAAAAGUUCUGGAAGUUGUUUUUGGCCAAUAUUAUGCUAUAUAAGACCAUACAAGGAAAAUGUAUUUCCGAUAGGUAUUUAUUGGGGGUAUAAAAAGCCAUUAGACAGUAACGAAUUUUUAAAUGAUUUUUGUGAAGAAAUAGUAGAUUUAAUAAACAAUGGGAUACAAUUUAAAAUAGAUAGCCAAAAUAUUGUCACAAAAAAAGUUAUUUUAGAAACCAUAGUGUGCGAUGUUCCCGCAAAAUCGUUUGUGCUAAAAAUUAAAGGCCAUGCUGGGUUUUUCUCGUGCACCAGAUGUGAAACGAAAGGACAAUACAUGCGUAAUCGACUUUGUUUUCCAGAAAUUAAUGCAUUAAAACGAACUCAUGAAUCAUUUAAAAACAAAUUACAGGAACAACAUCAUUUAACAAAUACAACAAUGACUAAACUAAUAAACAUACCAAAUUUAGAUAUAAUUCAAAUAUUUUCUUUGGACUAUAUGCAUUUGUGCUGCUUAGGUGUAAUAAAAAAACUUAUUCGUUUAUGGUUGUCUAAAGGUUCAAAAAAUAUUCGUCUUAGUAGACAACAAGUAAACAAGUUAAAUAUUUUACAUUUAAGUUUAAGAAACUGCGUAACUUAUGAUUUUCCCAGAAAACCUAGAAGCUUAGACGAGUUUUCCAAUUGGAAAGCUACAGAAUUUCGACUAUUUGUUUUAUACACCGGACCGGUUCCUGGUGACGUAGUUAUGAGGUGGAACAUUUUAAAUUUCUUGCUAAUAGAUACUUAA